CGCGCGCUUCCCGCCCACAGCAACGCAAAGUAGUGCGCGCCUACGAUGUUGUGAAUGAGGGAGUGGGGUGACGUCAACGGGUGAAUGUCAACAAUGUAGCCACUGAGAGUAGGCGUUCCAGUUGAGUGUAACAAACAGCGGAGACGGAGCGGCACGCCGCGAAGGAUCAACGCACACAGAUACACGCGCGCGCGCGCGUCCACAACGGGCCGUAGAAUUACAGAAGGGGUUGUUUUUUUUAUUUUAUUUUUUUUACCUCGUUCGUGUAAGCGAGAAAACGCACUCCAGUUGCGGCGACUGGGAAGAAAAAUAACAUCUCACCUUCUGCAGACGAGAGGCUUUGAGGAAACGACAAAGCGAGCCAUCAUGUGAAAGAACUUAUGUGGGAAACAGACAAAAGGGCUGGAAUACGACAGGAAUAGAAAGUAAAAGGGACGCCCUCUUCACGCUCUGCCAAGCUGCCAAUCAUCUGUCGGACCUCGCAUCUUUCUGACUGAUAGUGAUGUGUCCUCACACUGCUCGUGGAUAAAUGAUCACUAAUCAGCUCCCGAAGAUGAAGGACAAGUCUGGUGUGAGCGGAAUGUCCGUGGAUGAGAAGACUGAAGACCCAAUGUAUGUGUAUGAGUCGACGGUUCAUUGUACCAAUAUCCUCCUCUGCCUUAAUGACCAGCGGAAGCAGGAUAUCCUGUGUGAUGUGACAGUCCUGGUGGAGGGCAAGGAGUUUCGUGGGCACCGGGCCGUGCUGGCUGCCUGCAGCGAGUAUUUUCUCCAGGCACUGGUUGGCCAAGCAGAGAAUGCCUUGGUGGUUAGCCUUCCUGAAGAGGUUACUGCCAGGGGGUUCGCCCCAUUGUUGCAGUUCGCCUACACUGCUAAGCUGUUACUCAGCAGAGAAAACAUUCAGGAGGUCAUCCGCUGUGCAGAAUUCCUGCGCAUGCACAACCUGGAGGACUCGUGCUUUCGCUUCCUAGAAGCUCAGCUACGCAGAGAGGAAGACAGCCUCAUGCUUUGCCACAGGGGGGCACCGGAGGCAAUCAACUCAGAGGAUGAAAGCAUGCAGUCAGAGAGUGAAAGACCCGCCUCCCCCAUGACCCGACAUUGUGGAGACACCCUCACCUCCUUUCAAAACCCUGACGAUGACAGGUUAGCAAUGACUGUGUCCAGUAACUUGACAGACGGCAACCUGGACUUUGAGCGACACGGAGCAUCAGAUCUACCACGAUGCCCAAAGUACCGAAAAUAUCAGUGGGCUUGUAACAAGCACAAUAAUGACACCUCCUCACACACCAGUACCUCAGGUUUUCCAAGCACAAUUAAGGAGAGCAGCAUUAGUGGGGUUGUGCAGGGUCAGGGCAGGCUGCCUGUAAUGCAAAUAAAAGUUGAACCACAGGCAGAGGAAGAGGCCAUUUCAUUGUGCCUGUCAGGGGAUGAACAUGAUGUCAUGGAUAAGGAAAGUGUGACAGCCAUGGAAAUGGAUAACCCUCUAUCUCUGGAAAGAACCAAGAGAACUAAGUCCCCAUCUUGCCUCCAAGCCUUCUUUAAGAAAGGAGUAGACCUUCCUAGUCUGUCCAACACAUCACAGCAGCUGUUCCCCAACAGACUUGUCUGCCCCCAGGACAAAGGAAACUCUCAGGGAGAUCAUAAAAAAGACUUAAGGCCUUUUAGUGCGGAACUGGAUCUGUCUAUUACAUCCCCAAAGGAGGUAGAUGGUUUACCUGCAGGGUUGUCCCUCAAGUCUGCUUCCUGUGAUGGGGUCUGCAAACAGGAAGUUGAGUUGGACCGCCGUAGUGUCAUCUUCUCCUCAGGGGCGUCCAAUCGCCUGGGAGCGCCAGCACAUUCCUACCCUGGUGGGAACUCUUUGGAGAUGGAGCUCUCUGAGCAAGUGACUAAAGGACUGUGGGCUGGAGCUUGCCAGUCCCUCCCUAACUCCCAGACUUAUUCUCCCAGCACCACUUCCUCUGAGCCCCCUGUCCUGUCCCGUCCACGGCCCAACACCAGCUGCCCAGUGCCAAUCAAAGUAUGCCCACGCUCGCCGCCUUGUGAGACACGCACCAGAACUUCCAGCUCCUGCUCCUCUUACUCCUAUGCAGAGGAUGGUAGUGGAGGCUCUCCCUGCAGCCUGCCCCAAUUUGAGUUCUCCUCCUCACCAUGCUCUAACGUGGCACGAUGCCUCAAUGUGGACCAGCAGGAGCAAAGUGUAGGAGGAGAUGCUCGUUUCAACCAGGUGCGACCCAAAAUUAAAUGUGAGCAAUCCUACGGAACCAACUCGAGUGAUGAGUCCGGCUCCUUUUCAGAAGGAGACAGUGAGUCCUGCCAUGUCCAGGAGCGGGGGCCAGAGGUAAAGCUUCCUUUUCCUAUUGAUCAAAUCACAAAUCUUCCACGGAAUGACUUCCAGAUGUUGGUAAAAAUGCACAAAUUAACGUCGGAGCAGCUUGAGUUCAUCCAUGAUGUGCGGCGGCGGAGCAAAAACCGCAUUGCGGCGCAGCGUUGCCGCAAAAGGAAGCUUGACUGCAUUCUGAACCUGGAGUGUGAGAUCAGGAAACUGGUGUGUGAGAAGGAGAAGUUGCUGACAGAGAGGAACCAGCUGAAGGCAUGUAUGGGUGAACUGUGGGAGAACUUCUCCUGCCUGUCCCAGGAGGUGUGCCGGGAUGUCCAACUGAGCCCAGAGCAGGUCCAGUCCUUACACCACUACUGCCCUGUGCUGCGACCCGCCAACUCUACUGCCAGCAACAACACAGGCCAUGAGCCCCGGCCCCCCACCCUCAGCACCCCAGCCACCACCAGCAUUGACCUCACUAGUCACUCCGGCUCAGCCACGCCAGAACCCAGCUUCCAGGGGUCACCGGGACCCUCAGAGAAUGAGCCCGAAUCCACCGUCAGAAACGGGGCGGACCAGGUUACGGACGGCCGUGACACCAGCUUGUACACAACAUCAGAGCCAAUGGAAAAAUCCAACCAAACAGUAACGGUGGAUUUUUGCCAGGAAAUGACUGAGAAAUGUACAACUGACGAGCAGCCAAGGAAGGACAGUACCAAGUAGAGGUGGCUUUUUAUUCUUUUGUUUUGAAUGUUUUUGUAUUAUUUAAUUUUACUCCUCCGACAAACCCUUUCUCUGGGUUGUGAGAUGGUCAGCCUCUGCCAGUGUUCACUGAAAAAAAACAAGCUUUGUAUUUAUGUCUUUUUGUGUUGUUUUUGUUUCCUUAUGUUUUGUUGAAACGGUUGACACUAAAAUUGUCUUAACAGCAGCAAUACUGUUCUACAGGCUUGUUCCUCUAACCCUGACAGAGUGGGAACCUCUCACCAAACUCUUCCAAUGGUGCUAUACCCGGCCGGCAGGAGCCUCUGCAGGACAGCCUGCCGUUCACGUGUCACACAUCACAACUUCAAGCUGAACCUCAUUGGACCUAAGCAGAAGCUCUCUUUUUGUACAAACAGAAUCUCUGUUUCUGCCUUCCUCUCGUCCUUUUCUCCUUCUACCACUCUGUCUUCAGUAGCUGUGCUCACACAGCUCUAGAGAUGUUAAGACACAAAUGUGUGCAGAAUUACCUCUGAACUACAUCGACAGAUUAUCAACUACCCAGUAACUCCUGAUGGUGAGGAGCAUUUCUAAGGAAAGUUGCCUGUGAGAUGUUAUUUCUUCUCUUAAGUGUUAGUAAGCGCUCAAAAUCUCCUGAUAAAUUUAGCCCAAAUUCUUUGGUCCUUAUUUCAAGAUUGAUAUACGUAACAGCUCUAAAUUAAGACUAACAAAUUCCUACUGUACAUGAGGCUAAAAUCUCACAGAAUACCAACCAGAGACGACGUGAAAACAUCAGCAUGGCUGAAGAAAAAAACUAUUGGGUAAUUAGUGGAUAUUUUCCAAGCUUGUAUGUUGCAACAAAUAAUGUUGAUAGCAGCCCAUAAUCUAAUAAUUUUUUGCCAUUUUUAAUGUAAUAAAGCCAAUGCCUUAAUACUUUAUUUUAUUUGUGUAGCAUUUAAGAUUACUUUUUCUUGUAAAUACAUUUUUUUUUGCAGUUGUGGUCCAAGAUGCUCAUCAAAACUAAGUAUAAUGGUUGGUAUAGUUCAUAUAGUGCAUUAUUUAAUUAAGGAUAUGCAGCGCUCUCUGUCGGUUGUAGCCAACUUGACAAUUGUCUGUAAAAAGUCCCUAUUUGCGAUGUUAUUUGCUUGGAUAAUAAAGUCAUGAGAGCAUGUAUGGAUAAAUAUUGAAUUAAUUGCUUUGAAACGCAUGUGGAAUAGGAAUGUGCUAGAAUAGAGGAAUAGAACAGUGGUCGUCAGUUACAGCUCUGCUGGCAACGUGUAUUGGGUCUAAGAUUGUGAGAAUAUUAAAUUAUUGUCAGAUCUGGAAUUACUGGCCACUGUUCCAUCCUGGGUUGCUACAUAGUAUUUUACUGAAAUUUAAACUUAAAUUGCAUAAAUUGAUCUGGAACAUCCUCAGUUGGCCACCAGAUAGCAGCAAAAAGGUGAUUGUUUGCAUUGAUCAGAGAUUAUGCCGCAGAUCUGGGCUUCUGGUGUCAGUAAGGCUCAGUUCCCUUCAACGCAGCAGCUGGAACCGACAUCAUACCCAGUUUAACACUGUUUCAGUCUAAAACCCAACGGAUUUUGGGAAUUGUGCUCAGUAUCUCUAUUAGCAGCAAGCCCAUAACAACGCACUUGUCUGCAUUUUAUGCCUUCAGCAACCUAGAACUCGUCUUAAAACCCAUUUUUGUUCUUUUAACACCUGAGAAACUUUUUUUUGAUCUUGUUUAGUUUAAAAUGGUUUUAUUGUGUUUAAUCUUUUAUAUUUUAUCCUUUCAUAUAUCAUAUUUUUAGAUUUUACUAAUAACUGUAUGUCUAAAAUUUGCAGUUUUAUGUAGCACUUUAUUUCAGCUAUGGCUGUUUUAAAGGGCUUUCUGAAUAAAGUUGGGAUGGUAUGGCAUCCAAUGAUACAUGACAGUAUCAUGUCAACUACAUAUUGAGAAAAAAGAGUGUCACAGAUGCGAAGAAGUUAUUAAGUUGUCAGCAGGCUGUAGUAAUGUUAGAUUUGUCGGUGAGUGUUGACAGUAGUAAACACUACCUUGUUGUCAAUGAAAAAAGCUUUCCUGAGAAAACUAAAAAACUAAGAAGCAAAAGAAAAUUUUCCUCCAGCUCAACUGUCAUCACUGGUGAGGGAGCUACGACUAACCACUUUUAAACUUGGAAACUUGUGACUUCCAACUAAAAAUGGAGUCCAUCAUGAUUUGGGAGAAAUUAUUGCUUGGAAGGGACUCACUUUGUAGAUGACUUCUUUUUUAUUUAUCUCAAUACGUUGUAUCCAUUUACUUGCCAUCUUUUAGACCCGAAAAAUGCUUACAGGGUCUCAUUAACCUGAAAAAAUAUUUAGUGCUAAAAUGAGAUUGGGCAGCAACUUUGGAGAAAGUUCUGAUUGAAUUCUGCACACAUUCGUACACACCUGUCGGACGUUUGUGUGUGAAAACAGCUUGUUGGUCUCUCUCUACCUCUGUCUACCUCUCUGUCCUGCUCUGUUUCUUCUAUGAAUAUAUCUCAGUGGCCCUUUUCGUCACCAGAAUUCAAACUCAGGAAAAAAAAAAAAUUCUGAAUGUUCAACCUAAUUCAUUGAAAAUGAGAUCAGAGCUUCUGUACAGCGGGAAGUUACAAUGCAGUUAGACUGUAAAAUGUUCAUAUGCAAAAAAAAAAAAAAAAAAAAA